GUAAUAUACCUGUAUGAGAUAGAGUUUUUUUGUAAAUGCAUUCUGGAGACAUUGAAAGCAAGUAAACACAUUUAUUUCUCAUUCAAUGCUGUCUCUUUAGUGCCUCUUUCUCUUGUAAAGCCUUUUCUCUUUUGUAAUUCCUUGUAAUUUUUUUCUCUCUCCAGAAUCUGUGGAAACGUGUAGCCAGAAUUCUGGCUCACCUACCUCACUAACAAUCCCUUGUAAAGACCCUUUUUUUUAUUUGUUGUCAAAUUCUUUUUGUGAAAUAACAAAAAGUGAAAAAGAUCACUUCUUUUCUUGAUUUUCAUUACAGAGAGACCAUAGAAUUGUGGGUUUUGUUUGUAUGGUUUUUUUGGGUUAGUGGGGUCCAUUUAUUUGAGUCUCCUUGACAAAUGUUGUAGGAGAUUUCACCAAAACUCACCUCCAACAACCCCAUCACCAACAACCCUUCUCUUAUGUUUUCUUAAUACCUUGUUGGUGAGGUUGUUUUGUUUUGGUUUUGGUUUACAUUUGCAUAUACAUUGUGAAAGCUGCAAUCUUUUUUACUCUUUAAUGGCUUUAAGGGCUGCUUCUCCCAUCUGGAUUAGCCCUUUGAGGCCUCAUUCUAAAGUGGGCGAGUCAGAUUUGGGGUUGAGGAGAUGUGUGGAUUUGAGGUGCUAUUGGGAUCUUGAGAGACUUCCUAAAUGGGAAUGUUGUUGUUUAAGUGUUUUGGCUCAAAGAGCUAUCACUCCUGUUGAAGAUGAGAAACCGGUGGAUACCUCUGGGGCAACUGAUCAGGUUCAGGACACUCAGUCCAGAGGGUUUCACAAGGAUUUGAACCUUCUUCCUAAACCGUUGUCCGCUACAGAUCUUUCUUCUUCUCCUGGAAAUGGUGCACAAGUACGGGUUGCUUAUCAGGGGAUACCUGGUGCAUACAGUGAGGCUGCUGCGCUAAAAGCAUAUCCGAAGUGUGAAACUGUUCCAUGUGAUCAGUUUGAAGCUGCUUUCAAGGCAGUUGAACUCUGGUUAGUGGAUAAAGCAGUCCUCCCCAUCGAGAAUUCAGUGGGUGGCAGCAUCCACCGUAAUUAUGAUUUACUCCUUCGUCAUAGGCUGCAUAUAGUAGGGGAGGUGCAGAUGAUAGUUAACCAUUGCCUUUUGGGAUUGCCUGGUGUACAGAAGGAUGAAUUGAAACGUGUUUUGAGCCACCCCCAGGCACUUGCUCAAUGUGAAAUGACUUUGAACAAAUUAGGUAUCAUCAGAGUUAGUGCUGAUGAUACUGCAGGUGCUGCUCAGAUGGUUGUGGCAAAUGGGGAAAGAGACACAGGAGCAAUUGCUAGCGCUCGUGCAGCAGACAUCUAUGGUCUCAACAUUCUACUGGAAAAAAUCCAGGAUGAUGAUGAUAAUAUUACCCGCUUUUUGAUACUUGCAAGAGAACCUUUGAUUCCUGGAAGUGACAGGCCCCAUAAGACAAGCAUUGUUUUCACUCUCGAAGAAGGUCCUGGCAUGCUGUUCAAAGCUCUAGCAGUGUUUGCUUUGAGGGACAUCAACUUGACAAAGAUGGAGAGUCGCCCUCAAAGAAAGCGUCCAUUAAGGGUUGUUGAUGACUCUAACAAGGGAAGUGCCAGGUACUUCGAUUACCUUUUCUACAUUGACUUUGACGCUUCCAUGGCAGAACCUCGGGCCCAGCACGCUUUGGCACAUUUGCAGGAAUUUGCAAGAUUUCUUCGUGUUCUUGGCUGCUAUCCAACAGAUGCAACUCUUUAGGUGGUCACUGAACCUGCAGUGAAGAGAUUAUGAUUUAGCUUUUGUCACCGUACAUAUGCAUGCUUCUGAUAAAUCUGGAGGAAGAGAGAUUAACUGGGAUAUGGUGAAGAGAUAUUGAAGAGAGAUUUCUGGGAUAUGGUGAAGACUUGUUGAUGAGAUGUUUGUUUCUCUUCGGCAUGAUCUCUCUUUCCAUUUUCAAUUUUCUCUUUCAAAAUUCUUGCAAAAUUGAGGUUUCUUGGUGUAAGUUGCAACAAUUGAUGCCUAAAUGUUCUCCGAGGACAUUCCCUCGGUUACUUGAAAUAGUUAGGGCAUGAGACAUGUAAGCCGCCGCCCCCCGCUCGCCCUGUCCUCUAUUUUUGGAUCUGCAAGAUUUAAUAACAUGGUCUUCAAAGCAUUGAUAGUUUUAGCCAUGCUUUCUCUGGUGAA